AUGCCUGGUAGAAAACAACCCCUACCCUCAUCUGAUGCCAUCAAUGUAAGGGAAAAAAUACAACAGCUUAUAUUCAGUUUACACUCUCAUUGUAUUGGACUUCAAUUGUCCAAUGUGACGUUGAAAACGUAUAUAAAUGCACUCAUAAGGCAUUUAUGGAAAUUAGUUAGUUCCAAGAACACGGUAACAACCCCAAGAAAGAGAAGAGCUCAAGUACUUUUACUCUCCAUAGUUCUAUCCUCAAUUACAACAAUCUCCGGAUUCUCAUAUCUAGGCUAUCAAUUAAUUAACAAGCUACGAAAUACGGUGGAUUCUGCAAGAAAUAAAAAUAGAUAUGGUAUAAGGAGGACAAAGUCACAAGUAUUAUUGGGAUCAGGGGGAAGAGUCAUGUACAUCCCAGAGGAUGAUUCUUUAGAUGUCAAUAACUAUAACAAAGAAUUCGACUAUCAUCAGGAGCAUAAAAUAAAGAAAAUUCAUAUACCACCAAAAGAUGAUGAUAUGUAUGAUCAUGAUAAAUUCCUGUUUAAAAACGUAGAACAAGAAGUUGGUAAAAACUCUCAAAUCUUUUAUUCAAAAUUCUUAAACCAAAUGAACGUACUUUCUCGAAUUCUUAUACCAAACAUCUUCCAUAAAAACUCUAUGAUACUAACCUUACAAAUUUUUUUCCUAAUUAUGAGAACUUGGCUUUCCCUAUUUGUAGCCCGGCUGGAUGGUCAAAUCGUCAAAGAUAUCAUUGCAGGAAGAGGUAGAAGGUUUCUCUUGGAUCUAGCUAUUUGGUUCUCUAUCGCUCUACCAGCAUCAUAUACCAAUAGUGCUAUUAAAUUACUGCAAAGGAAACUAUCAUUAAAUUUCAGAGUCAAUUUGACAAGAUACAUACAUGACAUGUAUCUAGAUAAAAGAUUAGCAUUCUACAAAUUAAUGUUUGAUUCUAAAGCUAAUAGUUCAGUUAUUAAGAAUAUAGAUAAUUCAAUCUCAAAUGAUAUCACAAGAUUUAGUGAUGCGACCUGUUCAGUGUUCGCUAACAUUGCUAAACCUAUCAUUGAUUUAGUCUUCUUUUCCGUGUAUUUACGUGAUAAUUUGGGAACAUUAGGUGUCGCAGGGAUCUUUUUAAACUAUUUCACUACAGGUUAUAUCUUAAGAAGGUAUACUCCACCUUUAGGUAAACUGACUAGUGCAAGUUCUGCUGCUGACGGAGAUUAUUACAGCUAUCAUUUGAAUUUGAUUAAUAAUAAUGAAGAAAUAGCCUUCUAUCAAGGGACUACCGUGGAGAGAACUAAAGUAAAAGAAUUAUAUGAUAUAUUGAUGAUAAGAAUGUUGAACGUUAGUAAAAGAAAAUUUAACUAUAAUAUGUUGGAAGAUUACAUACUGAAAUAUACAUGGUCAGGUUUGGGAUAUGUUUUCGCAUCAAUCCCCAUUGUGCUAACGACUUUAUCCACAGGUAUUAAUGCUGAACAAAGAAAUAUGAGAGAUUUCAUAGUUAAUAAAAGAUUGAUGCUUUCAUUAGCUGAUGCAGGCUCUAGAUUGAUGCAUUCCAUUAAAGAUAUUUCACAACUGACAGGCUAUACAAACAGAAUCUUUUCAUUAAUAUGUGCCUUACAUAGAGUUCAUUCCACCAAGUUUAAUUAUGGUGCAAUCUCUGUCUUGAAAAAAGAUAUGUUGGAGGCCGCUGCUGCUUCUGUAACUGCUACUGACACUAACACUGCUGGACAAUUAAUAGGUACAGGUGAUAGGUUAGCCAUUACAAGGUAUCAAAAUAAAUUACAGCAAGAUGAAAUUAUUAGAGGUACAGUCCAAAGAAAUUUCAAUGGUAUUAGACUGGAAAAUAUUGACGUUAUUAUACCAUCUAAAGCUGCUAAAGAUGGUAUUAAAUUAAUAAAAAAAUUGACAUUUCAAAUACCGCCUCAUAUUGAUCCCAUGACAUCAAAGACUGAUUCUACACAAGAUUUCAAACAAAUUAAUGAUAUGUCAAGUAUACCAUUUAUUCAUGGUUCUGGGUCCAGUUUAUUAAUCUUGGGACCAAAUAGUUCUGGUAAGACGUCAAUUCAAAGAAUUAUUGCUGAAAUUUGGCCAAUUUAUAAUAAGAAUGGAUUACUCUCUGUUCCAUCUCAAGAAAACAUAUUUUGUAUCCCACAAAGACCGUACUUCACAAGUAGUGGAACUUUAAGGGAUCAAAUUAUUUAUCCAAUGUCAUCAGAUGAAUUCUUCGAUAGAGGUUUGAAAGAUUCAUUGUUGAUUCAAAUAUUGAAAGAGGUAAAUUUGAAGUAUCUAAUGAAAAGAUCAAAAGGGUUGACAUAUUUAGAUACUGUUGCUGAUUGGAAAGAUUUAUUAAGUGGUGGAGAAAAACAAAGAAUUAAUUUUGCUCGUAUUUUAUUCCAUAAACCAAGAUUUAUCGUCUUAGAUGAAGCUACAAAUGCAAUAAGCCAAGAUAUGGAAGAUUAUUUGUUCAAUAUCUUAAAGAAAUAUCGUUUCAAUUUUAUUACAAUUUCACAAAGACCUUCAUUAAUUAAAUACCAUGAUCUUCUUUUGGAAAUCUCAGAUCACAAUGAUGGAACAUGGCAAAUACAAACUUUGGGGACGGAUGAAGCUAUCACUUCCAUUGAUCAUGAAAUUGAAUCAUUAGAAAAGAAGUUGAAAAACGUAAACCAUUGGGAAACAGAAAGAAGGGAAUUACAAAAAUCUCUUUCAGUAAUAUGA